UACUCAUUCAAUGUGUGGCACCGAGAUAAGUGGUCGCCAAAUGUCUGUGAUCGCUGGUUGGUCGCUACUGGUCGGCUACUCGUUUAACUCGCGUUGAUGAACAGUAAUUUAUUUCACUGUAUAUCCGUUCGUAAUUUUCCUCUAGAGGUAUCAUUCGGUCGUCUCGCGUGCAAGACUAUUAUACAAUUCAAUAUUAUAUUAUAAAUAGUUAACACUAAUACAAUUUUUGAAAGUCCAUCGUGUUUUUUUUUUAUUCGCUUUCAAUUAAAUAUUAGAUACAAUAUAAGUAAUAAAUAAAAAUUGUAUAGUUUUUUUAAACUUUAAAUUUUAAUCCAAUUUUAAUUAUUACUUAAUAAUAUACAUAUUUAAAAUGCCUACAAAUAAUCAAACGGAUCAAAAAAAAGGAGAUGACCAAAAGCGUGCCAUUCAACUUAAUCAACUACCAGCACUACCAGGUGAUGAGGGUAAAAUGUCUGAUUCUCUCAAAUGGUUCGCGUUCAUGUCGUAUGGCGUCGGACACGUGCUCAACGACCUGGUGGCCUCUAUGUGGUUCACCUACGCCUUGGUAUUCUACCACUACGUCAUGCAGCUGUCCAGUAUCAAUGCCGGUGCUGUGGUUCUCGUUGGCCAGCUAACGGACGCUGUUGCGACGGCUGUCAUAGGCGUGUUAUCGGAUAAGACCAACAUCUACUGUACCGAUCGAUACGGCCGCCGCAAAACUUGGCACCUUUUCGGAAGUGUACUAGUGUUCAUAAGUUUGCCGUUCGCGUUCUCGCCGCCUAUUUUACCCCAAGCCGAGACCUCCGAAUUAAAUACUGCUCUAUACUACUGUUUCUUCAUAGUCUUCUUCCAAAUCGGAUGGGCAUCCAUAGAGAACUCGCACAUGGCAUUAGCUUCGGACCUGACGCCGAUAAGGGACGAACGAACGGCAUUACUCUCCAUAAGGUAUAGUUUUACCGUCUUUUCAAACAUCCUGGUGUACGUAGUCACCUGGAUCGUGCUUAGAAGUAACAACGCGAGCAAAACUCAAUUUGGACCUUCAGAAAGAAAAGAAUUCCAAAUAGUCAUAUUAGUGAUCAUGAUUGUUGGAGCUAUGACAACCAUAAUAUUUCAUAUCGGGGUACGCGAACCCCUGACCAAUAACCGUGUGAAUCGAGAGCUCCUGAUGACCGAGACUGAGGCUGAACGCGCAGCCAACAGUUUUUGGUCUAUGUUCAAACAUAUCACCCUCUACCAGACGGCCGUCGUUUACAUGUGUUCUCGGAUCACUGUUAACAUGACUUUGGUAUUCUUGCCAAUGUACUUACAAGAUUAUUUAAAAUUGGAAGCAGAAAAAUUAGCACUGUUACCUUUGAUAAUGUUCCUCAGCAGUUUUUGUAUGUCACUCCUCAACAAACCCAUGAACAUGAAACUCGGCAGAAAGUACACUUAUUCGUUCGGCGUGGUUUUGUCAUUGGGUUCAGCGUUAUGGUGUUACUUAGGUAGUGGCAACACAUUUGCCAAAUAUCAAGUUUACGCAGUCACUAUCAUAAUAGGUAUUGCUUGUUCAGUGGUAUUGGUCACCAGUCAAGCACUGACCACUGAUUUAAUCGGCGAUAAAACGCACAGAGGUGCUUUUACAUUUGGCUUGAUGAGCUUUACCGAUAAAGUUUGCAACGGGGCUGUAGUAAUGACCGUCCAGUCUUUGCAUUGCGAAACAUGUCCGAAUUACUAUCGCGACAUAAUGUGUUACAAUUGGACGAUUCCUUCUAUUUUGGCGUUUAUCGCGGUCAUCAGUUUACCCUUCGGUGGACGUCCAACUCUGACUGUACCCGAAGUUCCAGAAACGCAUUCGAGCAGCGGUAAUCAACAUCCUGAUCAAUCGAAAAAGCAGCCGAUAGAAAAAGGACAAGAGGCCCUACCCAGCUACGCGGUAAAUUCAUAACGGAAUUGGUAGUUUAUCUAGUCAUUGCAAUUUAUCACAAUCCAUAAUAUUACAUGAUUGUUGAAAAUAAAACAUAGAAUUACAGUAAAUAAGUGACUAUUUCAAUUUCAUUAUUUACCGUAUAGUUUAUUUUAUUGUUGUGUGGUUUAUGAUCUGUAAUUUAUGUACAAUGCGGUUUCGUCUUAAACAAAACUUUAACAAGAAAACUUGUACGCACAACAGUCGUGUUAUAGUUAAUGUUAUUGUUAAAUUUAAAAUAUAGAUCGAAGCAUAUUUUUUGAUAGUUUAUUUUAUUGAGUUCAAAAACUGUUAAAAUUGAGCAAUUUUAAUCAAUAAUGUAUAUUUUGUUUAAAUAAGCUAAGAUAUAUUACGAAUUGUUAUUUUAAUUAAUUUUAUUUUUAACAUAGAAUAUCGAUGUUAACAUAAAAUUUGAUAUUCUAAAUAACAAAAAAAUGUAAAUUUGAUUUUUAAACAACGUGAUAAUAAUUGUAUUAAAUAUUUUGAAAACAGAUUAGGUAAAAUAUAUAUAUUAUUUUUGUACUAGUCUUUUAAUUAAUAAUUUAAUGGAUUAUGAAUUUUAUUUUAAAUGUUAUUUUGUACAUAAUACACAAAACUGUUUGUUUUUUUUAUAAAUUAAUUUGAUACAGUGAAAAACUGUUAACAUUUAUAAAUACUAUGCUAAAACUAUUGUUAAACUAAGUUUUGGUUUUUAACAGUAUUUUUUUUUCUUUUAAAUUAAGACUUUUAUAAAUUAUUGUACAAUAUAAUUAUUAUUAUUAUUUAAUAAGUAGACAAUGUUAACGUUUCCCUCCAAAGUUAAUUAAUUAUGCAUUACCAUUAUUCACUAUUAUUAUCUAUAUUAUAAAUGUUUAAUUGAUCAACGUUUUUAUUUUAUUUAAAAGAAAACAUUUAUAAAUUAUUUUAUUUUAUUUAAUGCCAAGCUAUAUUUUAUUAAAUAUAUUAGGCAUUAUUGUUAUUAUUAUUACAAUUAAUACAAUUUGUAAACAUUUGAAAAUGUACGUUUUUUUAUUAAUAUUAUUAUUAUUAUACUUUAUUAUGUUUA